UUCAAGACAACAUUUCGUACCAUCCAUUACCACUCGUUACUAGUUAUCACCGUAUUCCACUUUAUGCAACCUUCAUUUUUAACUAAAAGUUUGAAAUUUGUGCAUAAAAGAAAAGGUUUAUCAUGAUUUAUAUAAUUGGAUAUAUUUAUGAGAAUUUUUUUAGUACCAAUUAAAAAUUGAUAUAAAAUUGAAAUUUGAAUUAAAUGAUAAAUAUAGCCCGUCAAACUCAUUAUCAAUUGGUCCUAUUAAAAAAAAAAAAAUGGUCCUGAGUUGGAGUACUUGAUAAGGCCAAUCCACAGUAAUGACCAUUAUUUUUGGGCUUACCCUUACCGUAAAUGGUAGACCACCCUUCGUUAUCCGGCAAAGUGAAGGAGAAAACAAGGGUUGGGGUCCAAUCUAAAGCCCGAACUUCCUUCAAAUUUACGGCGGAGGUUAAUCUGCAAAUUGAUAUCGAUUCAUCCGCAAAUAACCCAAUUCGUACACAGUAGGUAAUUGAUGUGGGUGGAUUGCGAAUUAGUAAAUCUCUCACCCGCACUUAUGUGGGUGGAUGGUGGGUUAAUUGCGGGUCACUCAUAUGACCCGCAUCCUAUUUUUACAUGAAAAAAUGUUGUUCCUUAUAGUAUCGAAUACUCAUCAUAUUUUCGAACUACACUACAGUCUGAUCAUAUACUUCAAAGUGAAGAACAAAUAAUAGUUUUGACUACUAUUAUUGGUCAUUGUGCUAAAUAUCCAUUAGUUAUUGGAAAUUAGUAUGCAGAUUAUUGUUAAUAACCAUUAAAUAUUGGGAUGCAAACUAUAAAUUAUUAGUUGUAUCAAAAUCACAAAUUAAUGAUACAGUCUUACUAAUUUUGCUUUGAACUUAUUAUAAAUGUUAGUCAACUUUCUAAAGGGCUAGUUGAAGAAUUGCUUUUACGGGUUGACCCACAACCCAACCGCAUUCAUCCGUCACCCACCCAAUCCAACCUGCAUAAAUAUGUGGAUGAAUUGCGGGUCACAAUUAUUUCACCCGCUAGUAAGUGAGUGAGUCAAUUUGAAAGCAAAACCCACCAACCCGAACAUUGUCCACACCUAUUCAAAUUCCUAAAAUGCUAAAUGUUUAAUUUGUGAAAGUAGGCGUCCCAGUUGGAGAGUUUCGGGAUAGGAUUAGGAUAGACCGGCAGGCGGCAACAACGACAGUCCCCGCCGAUCAAAGAGGGCGGACGACGUUUAGUACUUUUUCCUUUUCCAUAGGGAUUUAUCCAAUCCAUCGAACAGUCAGAGAAGCAGAAUCAGCAAAUUCCCCGGAAAACUCCAGCAGGAGAAUAAUCCCCUCCACCUCCUCUUUUCUUCCACUAUGGCGGCUUCUAUAUCCACAUUCAGUUCUCAUCUCGAUAACCCUUCUUCUUCUUCUUCUUCCACCAGCGGCGGGGCUCACGGAGAUAAGCUAUCUUCGUCUCUGUUUGGCGCCGGCAUCAGUAGCUUGUCUUCCCACUCCCGUGGCUCUCUUCAAUUCUUCCGUAGCUCACCCUCCCGUCUCUCUCCCAGGCCCCUCUCUCUGCGAGCAAUGGCUCCCCCGAAACCCGCCGGCGGCAAGGCUAAGAAAGUGGUUGGUAUCAUCAAGUUGGCCCUGGAGGCAGGAAAGGCUACUCCGGCGCCUCCAGUUGGCCCAGCACUGGGUUCCAAAGGAGUCAACAUUAUGGCCUUCUGCAAGGAUUACAAUGCCCGAACUGCUGAUAAAGCUGGCUAUGUCAUUCCUGUUGAGAUUACUGUAUUCGAUGACAAGAGCUUCACUUUCAUUUUGAAGACGCCCCCUGCUUCAGUUCUGUUGCUCAAGGCCGCAGGAGCGGAGAAAGGUUCCAAGGACCCGAAGAAUGAGAAAGUGGGUAUGAUAACCAUCGACCAACUGCGGACAAUUGCUGCAGAAAAGCUGCCAGACUUGAACUGCACAAACAUUGAGUCUGCAAUGAGAAUCAUAGCGGGAACAGCAGCUAAUAUGGGUAUUGAUAUUGAUCCCCCUGUUCUAGAACCCAAACUGAAGGUACUAGUGUAGUAGUUCUCUGUGAGCCCUACUUGGGGACUUGUAAUUGUUUUACUGUCUGUAUUCAGAAGUCAUUUGAGAUAGGAAACCAUCCGCCUGAGGCCUACAGGUGUGUGACAGAAGUAGGGAAUUCAUCGGAAUGGCUUUGUUUAAAUUUUCAUUGUAUGAUUAUAAGGAGAUUUCUUGCUCGAAUGCGUGCGUUAGCCAUUUUUGUUAAGAUACUACCUUUUCUGCCAUAUCCAGGUUAGCACUGUCUCUGCCACAUUCAAUAUGUGAACAAUGCCAUCCUUCCCGCUCUACGAUACAUGAAGCUGCAAACGCAAAUUGUAUGGACUUUAACUCAUACAUGCACAUUGCCAAACAGCGAGACCAGAGUAUUAUGUUAAGAGGAAUGGCCCCAAGGGUUCACAUGACAGAACUCGUUUCUUCAAAGACCGCAAAUUGUCAGGUAGAAUCCACCAAAAAGGCACAAAAAGAGGAACAAUGGGAGGGCGAGGAGAUGUGAUUUUGAGUUGUGAAUUCAGGAAACAUUAAGGCUUUCUUCAUUGGUUAGCUUUGAAGAGAGCUCUGCUGACGAUUCCGGUGGCUUCAAUGUAGCGGUCCACACACCUUGAGACGCAGCUGCUUUCGCUCCCACUCAGGCUUGAUCCUGGCUUCGUCACGCACUUGUCGAAGCACUUCCCUCCUAGCGUCUGAAAUUGGAACACCACCACCACAAAUCAGGCCACCCAACUUUAGUUAAAUCAAACCCAAACCCAAACCAUACUCAAUUGUGUUCCAUCAAGAGCUAAAGUAAGCAAAACGCUGGAGAUUAUUGAUUUCCCAAUCACAAAAACCUAACAUGGAAGAAUUCCCAUGGAAGUUCAUGAAUGACUGAUAACUUGACUGACUGAUUGAAGUUAAAAACAAGCACAUCCAAUCAUAACUCCGGCACCAAUUAGACGAAUGAAUAAAUAAGAGGGAAUCAAAGAGAGAGAGAGAGAGAGCCAUGGAAGUUCUUCCAUAAAAUUUUAUCAAAUGUAAGCUGCAGUCAAACUUCGAAACGAAGAGGAACGAACUCCAUCCCGACCCAGCUAAUUGCAAGUAGGAAACUUUUACUGCUAGUGGGUUCAUGAGGCUGAGGAAAAAUCGAAGUUGUUUACCAGUAGGAAGAAGCAUAACACAUAUAAUCAUAGAGAACGCGAACGGAGAAGGGAGAGAUAGUAGUAGUACGGUGAAAUAAAACUGAGAGAGAGAGAGAGAGAGAGAGAGAGAGAGCGAGACCUCGAGGAACUCCUGGGCAUACGCCUGGGCGAGUUGAGACUUGAACUGAUCCAUAAAUUCCUCCGUCGAAAUUUUCGGAUUUGAUCCCUGCUGCCCUGCCAUCGAUGAGAAAUCCAUCUUCAAUUGAUCCCUCUUUCUCCCUCUCCCUCUCCCUCUCUGUCUCUGUUCUUCUCCUCUCUCUUCCGCUCUCUGUAGUGUAAAGCAAUACCAGCGUCGUCACCACCGCUAGGUCAGGGUGUAAAUAGAAGUGACUGAUUGAACCCUAACCAGUCUCAGGGCUGGCCCUGCUUUCCUCCUCCAUUCGAACCCAGAAGCCUGUCUUCUCCGUCGAGAAAGGCCCAAUCAUCUGGCCCAGUAACUCAAUGGGCAGCCCACACGUAUUACGGCCCGGAAAGAGGCCUCAUUGGUCCAUUUUGAUUGUUAGUUUCGUUAGUUAGUUUAGCCGGCUAUCUCUACAAUUAGGCAAUGUAUGCUUUACUUAUCAUGGUAAUUUAGAUGUAUUAAUUAAUACAUAUAUAAAGCUGAG